AUGAUAGGUCCAAAAUAAUUAUUACUUAUACCUUUAGACAUAUACCAGAAUUAUGAAGAUCAAAGUUUAUAAUGCUUAGAUGAUUUUGAAGUCAAAAUAUAAUCCAAGGAAGAAUUCUCUACAACUCACAUUGUACAAACCCAAUCUUCACACAAAAAGAUUGAGAAGAUUGAUAAGAAAGUUUAAUUCAAUCCAACUAUCAUUCGCUAUUCCUUCUCUAAAAGUGAACCAGCCAUUAAUAUUUCAAAAUAGAUGAAGAAAUUGAUUCAAAUGUAGCCAAAUUUAAAAUGGAUCAACCCUUCACUUUGA